UCUCGCAUCCUCUCGCAUCCUCUCGCAUCCUCUCGCAUCCUCUCGCAUCCUCUCGUCGCAUCCCCUGAUUGGCUGGUGCAUCCGGCGCUGUCUCGCACCAUGUCACGUGCAUCACGUGCACCCAUUUCCAAUCCCAGCGAUACACUUCCAGACCCAACCCGAGCGGCCUGAUCGAUCGCUGACUGCAAUCUCGCACCGCCAUUAUCGUCGCCAUCGUCUACCUUGUGCUAUGGCUUCGCGAUACCACAUAUCCUUGUCUGCGCUGGCAGCCAAGCGUCUCAAUCUCUUGCCGAGGCCGCGAUUUGUAGCCCCGUCGCUCCAACGCCUCUCGGCCGUCGGCGCUCGCUCGUUUUCCUCGUCGAUCUCGGUCUUGAACAAAGCAGAUGCCGACAACAAGCCUCGCCCGAUUUACUUGGACAUGCAGGCCACCUCGCCCAUGGAUCCGCGUGUGCUCGAUGCGAUGCUGCCGUAUAUGACCCUGCAGUUUGGAAACCCCCACUCGAGAACUCACCAGUAUGGCUGGGAGUCCGAGGAUGCCGUCGAGACUGCCCGCAAGCACGUCGCUACCUUGAUCAACGCCGAUCCCAAGGAAAUCAUCUUCACCAGCGGUGCGACGGAAUCCAACAACAUCAGUAUCAAAGGUGUCGCUCGCUUCUACAAAUCCAAGAAGAAUCACAUCAUCACCACCCAGACCGAGCACAAGUGCGUGCUCGACUCGUGCCGUGUGCUGCAGGAAGAGGGCUUUGAGGUCACCUAUUUGCCCGUCCAAACCAACGGAUUGAUCGAUCUGAAUGCUCUGAAAGAAGCCAUCCGUCCCGAGACUGCCCUGGUCUCCAUCAUGUCCGUGAACAACGAAAUCGGUGUUAUCCAGCCCAUCGCCGAGAUUGGCAAAAUCUGUCGUGAAAAGAAAGUCUUUUUCCAUACCGAUGCCGCCCAGGCGCUUGGAAAGAUCCCGAUGGAUGUGCAGACCAUGAACAUUGACUUGAUGUCGAUAUCCGGCCACAAACUCUACGGCCCCAAGGGCAUCGGUGCCCUCUACGUCCGUCGUCGCCCGCGCGUCCGUAUCGAGCCUCUGCAGUCUGGCGGUGGCCAGGAACGUGGUCUGCGCAGCGGAACAGUCCCGACUCCCUUGGUGGUGGGCCUUGGCGAAGCCUGUCGGGUUGCCAAAGAAGAGAUGGCGUAUGACUCGAAGCACAUCGCAAAGUUGUCCGAGAAGCUUGUCAGCGGCAUCACGAAGAACGUUCAGCACGUUGUUCGCAACGGCGACCCCGUUCAGUCGUAUCCAGGCUGCGUCAAUCUCUCCUUCGCAUACGUCGAGGGCGAGUCCCUGUUGAUGGCUCUGAAGGAAAUCGCUCUCUCCUCGGGCAGCGCCUGCACGUCCGCGUCAUUGGAGCCCUCGUAUGUGCUGCGGGCCCUUGGUGCUGAAGAGGAUAUGGCCCAUUCGUCCAUCCGUUUCGGCAUCGGCCGCUUCACUACUGAGGAAGAAGUGGACUACACCAUCGACCGUGUCACCCAGCACGUUGACAAGCUCCGCGAAAUGAGCCCUCUUUGGGAAAUGGUUCAGGAAGGUAUUGACAUCAAAUCCAUCCAGUGGGCUCAACAUUAAAACCGGUCGCUCGAUAAGUCGGUGCUCACCGGCACCGAGAUGCGAGUAAAAGGAUCUGAUAUCCAGCUGGAAACACACAUUCGAAGUUGCAGGAGAGGCAAGAUCAAGUAUGACACCAUUUUGUGGUCUGAGCAGACCCGGUGGGGCAUGCAAUUAUGCUUUCCUUCUUCAAGCCCUGCGGCUGUCCUGCGGCUGCCCUUGAGAGGCAAUUGCCUGCCUCCGCAAGUUUGGCUCGGAUGUAAAUACAGGCAGUGCUCAACCGAAA